AGCGUCGGUAGAAUUGCUUAUAUAUUCAGGUUAAACAUUGCUCUCACUUCAUACACCACACCACACCGCAGUCAUGGGUCCCGGUCGUCGUAUGAAGAAGCAAGGUCCGCCAGGCCCACUUGACGAAUCACUUGUCACUCGCAAGCGGAAAGACGCACCUGCCGCGGCUCCUACCAAAAAUGGCAAAAAACGAAGGACUUCUGGGGAGAAACCCAAGUACGAAAUGUCGGGCGCAUUGGAUGAAAACUACAAACCGGUGAAACCUCAAAAGACUAAUGGUGUGAAGAGCGCUGCGCCUGCGCUUAAGCCUGCUACAAAUGGUGCUAAGAAGCAGAAGAAAGAGAAGAAGCAAAGUCCUCCUCCGCCACCACCUCCGCCUGCAGAGAGCGACAGCGAGGAGGAAGACGAAGAUAGUAGCGAUGAUGCUGCGAGCAAUUCGGAUGCUAUGGAAGGCCAGCUCAAGAAGACUAAUGGGCUCGAUGCUCUUGGCAGUGAUGAUGAAGAGCUCGACGGAGAAGAUGAGUACGUUGGGUCGGAUGAUGACAGUGUCAUGGACUCAGAUGAUGAUGCUGGUGCUCGAAAAGAGCGCAUGUGGUCCGAGGAUGAAGAUGAGGAAGCGCUGGCGGAGAAGCUCACAGCUGCGAACAUCGAGGGUCUAUCAAGAAAGAUGGACAUGGAUAAAGCACGGGAAGACGCAGAGGCACAAGCAGAACUUGAGGAGAUGGGCAUGACCACGAAUAUCGCCAACGAAGACCGACCGAAGAUCCUCGAUGACGUUGACGAAGAAGGUGUCGCCAGAGCGAACCUGUUGACCCCUGAUCUGCAAAUGCUGCGAUCGAGAAUCACCGAUAACGUUCGUGUGCUCGAUGAUUUCAAGAAUCUGGCUGAGAAUGGCCGCUCACGAACGGAGUAUACCGAGCAACUGCUCAGGGAUAUUUGCACAUACUAUGGUUACUCUGCAUUCCUCGCCGAAAAGCUUUUCUCCCUUUUCUCUCCAAAGGAGGCAUUUGCGUUCUUUGAAGCCAACGAAACUCCGCGCCCAGUCGUCAUCCGCACAAACACUCUCCGCACUCAUCGUCGCGAACUCGCGCAAUCUCUCAUCAACCGCGGUGUGCAACUCGAGCCCGUAGGCAAAUGGUCGAAAGUAGGUCUUCAAAUUUUCGAAACCCAAGUACCCCUGGGUGCGACGCCCGAGUAUCUCGCCGGCCAGUACAUAAUCCAAGCCGCAUCCUCCUUCUUGCCUGUCAUGGCUCUCGCCCCUCAGGAAGAUGAGCGCAUUCUGGAUAUGGCAUCUGCCCCUGGCGGCAAAACCACUCACAUCGCCGCUCUCAUGAAGAACACUGGGUGCAUUUUUGCGAAUGACGCAAAUAAGAGUCGUGCUAAGGGUUUGAUCGGUAACGUGCACCGCAUGGGCGUGCGAAAUACCAUUAUCUGCAACUACAACGCUCUUGAGUUCCCACGCGUCAUCGGCGGUUUCGAUCGCGUACUCCUUGACGCGCCCUGUUCCGGCACAGGCGUCAUUGCGAAAGACCCGUCCGUCAAAACCAACAAGACCGAGAAAGACUUCCUCAAACUCCCGCACCUGCAGAAACAGCUCCUCCUCGCCGCAAUCGACAGUGUCGACCACAUGUCUAAGACCGGCGGCUACAUCGUGUAUUCGACCUGCUCCGUGACGGUCGAAGAAAACGAACAAGUCGUGCAGUACGCACUCAACAAACGCCCCAACGUCAAACUCGUCCCCACCGGUCUCGGCACCUUUGGCCGCCCAGGAUUUACUUCGUAUGCCGCGAAGAGGUUCCACCCGCACAUGAAGGAGACGCGGCGCUACUACCCGCACGCGUAUAACGUGGACGGCUUCUUUGUUGCAAAAUUCAGGAAAACGGGGCCGACACCUGCAGGCGCGGUGAUGCCGAACGAGAGCAGUGCGAUGAGUAAGGUGCAAGGCCAGGGUCAUGAGGAGAGGGACGGGAACGAGAUGGAUGUUGAUCGGGCGCCGAUCGAGGACGACGAGGGAGAGAGCGAGGAGGAGGAUGAGUUUGGUGGGUUUGACAGCGAGGAGGACAGGGUGUAUAUCGAGCGGGCGAAGAUGAGCCGGCUGAGGCGGAAGGGCGUCAAUGUUAAGGCCGUGGGCAAGGGCAAGGGCAAGGACAAGGGAAAGAAGGACGCGAACGGCGUUAUACAGGAUGAAAAGGCCCAGGAAACAGACGCGGAGAGUGCUUCCAAGGGGUUUUCCGAGGAGACUGUUCCAGACAGAAAACUCCCAAAGCAAAGUCACUCAAAAACGUCCCAGAAAGUAGCGACUGGAACCACUCAUGAAGCGAAGCCAAAGGAGUCAGCAGACAGCAGCACGCUACAAGCAGGUGCAACCAAGCAAUCCAAAAAAGAGAAGCAUGCCAAAAUGCCCAAGGAGACCAUUCAUGGCGACAACGAGAAGAAAUCGCCCAAGGUCAAGAAAGAGAAAGCCAAGAAGGAUAAGAAGGACAAGAAGGACAAGAAGGUUGCUGAUAUAUGAGAUGAUUUGUCUAGUUAAUGGUCCAUUGUCUACAGUCUGUAGUGUAGUCUGCUGUGUGUUCGCUGUUUGCUUGCAGUUUGUGCGUCACAAGGAUAUAUACGGAUAUUAAAAAAUUGCAUAGGAUGGCGUUUGACGUGUUGUUUCUGGUGUGUUCUUUUGUGUUUUCCUAAAUGGUCUAUUGGAUGUAUGUGCUUGCUGGUUUUCCGUGUGUGUAUACAAGUGCGUAGUUACACAGACAGGCACCAGGCAUCAUUCACGAAGUAGUAGGAGC